AGAAAGAAAAAGGAAUUUCAAUUACUAUACGUAUGUGCAAUUUUUUCCUUUUGUGUCAAGAGCAUGUUAUCUUUGUGUCUAAUUGUGUAAUUGAAAUAACAAAAUAUAAUUAUGCCUGGCUUGUUUUUUUUUUCAUUAUAAGCUACCAACUAAAAACAAAAACAAAAAACUGAUUACAUCUGAUAAGAUCUAUUAUUGUAUUUCCCCCCUCCCCCGCAAAACAAAAUCUUCUCUCUAUAUAUAACAUAUGUAUGUAUGUACGAGUACGUAAUAUAUUGUAUUGUAUUGUAUUGUAUUGAAUGUAAUGCGCCACUCGAUAAGUGAGCACAGAUGAGAGCCGAUGAAUUUUUAAAGAAUGUUAAAUUAUAUUGUAAUUGUACUUUUGUUGACUAUUAUGUAAUUACGCUUUGCUGUAUAUUAGUUAUGUACAUUUUUAGCUAAAUUACUAAAACGCUAAAGCAAAACAAAUUAAAUUAAAUUAAAUUAAACUACAACAAUAAGGGACAAGCACAUGCUGUUACGUUAUUGUUAGUAAUCUAUCAUAUGAAUUAAUUGUUCGUGUAUAAAUACAAAAUUACAACAUUUCGAAAUUCAAAAUUAACUUUACAUUGGUCGAGAAAACAUAAAACUAAAAAAAAAACGUAUAUAAAAAAAGAAAUGGUUUAAACUUUAAAGUGUUUAACCGACAAAACUUUAUUGUAAAUUGCAGCAAAAAGAAUUCUGAUAAAAAAGGCUUACUUAAUCUUAACUUCAACAUGAACACGAUACCAAAUUCAUAAGAUUAACACACACACACACAUGCAGAUACAUACACAAGUACAUUAAAUAUACUAAUGCAUACAUAUAUGUCGCAUAUAGAGCAUACUCGUAUACUAACUAUGUAUCUACACACACAAACACACUCACACACACACAUAUAUACUUAUAUCUAAAGUAAUGACAAUGACAAGCAAUUUGAAGCAAACUAAGAAACAAUUUCAAUUUCAGAUACAUUUCAGAACAAUUCGACGAUGUUGAUGAAAACGUAAAUGAAAACGAUAAUGAUAAUGAUAAUGAUAAUGCUAAUGAUAUUGAUAAUGAAAACGAUAAUGAAGCUACUAUUUAAAAAUACGAGCAACAAAAGCUAUUAUGCUAUGCUAAAGGGUAAAAGGCAUUUAUUCAUACCAACCAAACAAAACACAACAAAAACAAAAACAAAAAAUACAAACCAAAACAAACAAACAAACCAAAAGGAAAACCAGCUUAUAAAUACCAUAACUUAACACGUACCACGUAAUAUCGUAACGUAAAUAGCAAUAGCGUAUACUAGUUGAUAUUAGCAGAGCUACAGCCUCAGCAAAAACUUGUUGUAUAAAAGAUUGAGCUAGACUUUUAAAUGGUAUAAACGUACAUGUUUAUAAUAUAUACAUAUUUACAUAUAAUUGAGAUCGAAUGCUGUAGAUAAAUGUGUAUAGAAAUAAAACAAAAGAAACCCAUAUUCAAAUGUUUUCAAUGUACUCUAUAUGAAUGAAACGUUUCUCUAUAUAAUUUAAGGUCUCGUCUUUUAGUUGUCCCUCAUUUGUCUACAUAUGAUUUAUCUCAAUACAAACUCGAGGACACCCUGACAAACUACUAUAUUCAUAUUUUUUUUUUUUUGAAAACCAGACCAGACCAUUUACAGUACAUAAAAUACAAUUACAAAUACAACUACAACUACAAUUACAACUAACAAGAAGAACAAACAAAAACAAGAAAAAACUGUGCCACCUAGUACAUAACAACAAACAGUUAUAUAUCUGCAAUAUAUAUGUAUACACGUACGACUUGUAAUAUAUAUAUAUAUACAUUCAUACUAAAUUAUAUAGACAAGAUGAAAUCUCAAUGCUCACUUUUAUAUUUUUAUCAUACAUACUCGUACUCGUAGUACUUACAAGGUAUAUCAAGAAAAAGAACACAAAACGAAGCACCGUAUGCAACCCUGAUGGAACUACUUAAGAAACAAACAUAGUAAACUUUAAAGUGAUGAAACAUAUUUAUAAACUAUACAAGUUAUAUAGUACAUAUAUUGUAUUGGCUUUGCAUAGAAUUUGUCGCAAGAUUUCGGUUCGAUCGGAAUCGAAAUAACGCGACAAUUUCUGGAGUAAAGUCAAAAGCUUUCUAGCAUCAUUGCUUCUGCCUCUAAAGUACACACAGAUUACGUUAACUUGGUUCAUUGCGAGACAUACACACUCACACACACAUAUUUAAUCUAACACCUCUCAAUUGCCCUUUUGUUAAUCACCUAAUUAGGAAGUAUCAAGAAUUUGGCGAACAGAAAGACGAAAACACCAGGCAUAAACGCAAAAGAUCGAGCUAAACCGCAUAGUGCAUAGUGUUAAAGAGUAUUUAUUUCAGUUGUGUAUAUUGUAAAGUCAAGAAAUAUUGAAGAAAGCAUAAAGUUAAACAUUUAAAAGGAAACCAUUAAGAAAGAAAACAAUUUAUUGAAAAUUAAUAAUAUGUAAUUGUAUUUAUCAAAAUUUAAAAGCAAAGUAACAAAAAUAACAAAAAAGAAACUAAAAACUAAAAAAACGUAAAAAGUAAACGCAUUAGCAUAGCAAUGAAAAUUAAAAAGGAAAAAAAAAACUAAAAAAAAACACAAACAAAUGAUAUGAUAUAUGAUAUGAAAUGAUUCAAGAAGCGCUGAUUUAUUAUUAUAUUAUUAAUUAAAUUAUUUCAAAACAAGAGAAAACAAAUGAUAUUGUCCUUGGUAUUUACAUAUACAUACAUAAAAAAAGAAAGAAAAAUAAAAACAAAACGUUUUUUUAUAUAACAACCAUUUUCUUGCAGUGCAUUCGAGUAGUUUGUUAUGUUAUCUUUCGAUUAUUUCGAUUCCUAACUGAUGAACCGGUUAAACGGCCUGUUUUACAUAGCAAUGCGCCGUGUUUUGAUCAACAAACUGGCCUCAGUUUGCCAUAGAAUCGCAAUCCAUACGGAACAACGAGUUAAUAUGCCGCAGGCCAAUCUUAAACUGAGUGCACACGAUCAGCAGGUGUUGGAGUCCGUCUUCAAUCCCUUGGAGCUCAGUGGCAUUGUGCCCCACAAUGGUGCUAUCCAGGCCGAAAUGGAACUAAUCGAUGUCGAGCCGGAAUCGGAAAAUCUGCAAGCAUCUAGAGAACUUGAACUGCUCGCUGUGCGUUUAACGGAGCAGGGAGAAUUGGAUGAGGCAGUACUGAAAUUCGCAGAGGCAUUGCGGCUCUCUGAACGAGCCUCCGUUUUUAAUAAUCGAGCGCAAACAUUGCGCUUGGCCAAACGUGAUAACGAUGCUCUUGAGGAUCUAAAUCGUGCUCUGACACUCGCAACCGAGCAACAACUGCGCACCAAAUGCCACGCCUACUGUCAACGUGGCGUGUUGCAUAGAAAAUUGGAAAACUUGGACGCUGCACGCACCGACUUUGAAGCUGCCGCGCAGCUUGGCAGCAAAUUCGCCAGAGAACAGCUGGUGGAAAUCAAUCCAUUUGCUGCACUCUGCAAUCAAAUGCUGCGCCAAGCCUACGAUCAACUGAAAUGAGCGCUUCACGUUCAGCAUCGGCUCUGAUUUAGCGAAUAAGGCGAACGCUCGUUAACAUAAAUAAAAAUUAAUUAAGCUCAAGACGCGUCAUUUUAUGCGAUAAGCGACAGCAAAAGCAACCGGUGGCGAUGCCGCGUUAUGUGGCAAGCUGCAAAUUCGAGCGGCAAACAGCAAGCAAGCCAGCAAAAAGCAAAAAAAAAGUGGCACGUGGAACGCACUGCACAGUUGCAACCACAAAAGUCUCGGGAUUCGGGAGUCAAGAGUCGUGAGCUCUCGGGGGCCAAUAUACGAGUUCGAAUUGAACGGCAACAAAAAACAAAAACAGUUAUUAAAUGCAGCAGGCCAGGCAGAGGCUAGUGGCUUGUCAGAUUGCAGCAGGCACCUUCUAGCCAUAGCUGUAGCUGUAUCUGAAUGUGGAUUCAACGGCAAACUCGCUCCCCAGUCUCGGCGAAGCGACAACGACAACGGCAACGAGGACGACCGCAAGCUAAAUUAAAAUAAACGAAAGUGGUUUACGCAGGAUAACGAGCAAAGCUAAGAGAAAAGGGCAAGGGCAAGGGAAUGGAAAAAGGGGCUCUGGGAUUUGUGCAAACGGCGUGCGGUUUCGUGGCACGAGCACACAAGCAGGAUCCAGAUCCUGAACAGAGCCGCCAGUCAUGUAAGCGCGCCAAGCUUAACAGUAAAGCUUAAAAGACGACGACGAUUUUGGCCCUAAGUCAAAGUAACCUGUUGUUUUUGUUGUUGAUGUUGCUGUUGUAAGAGGCCUUUGCUUUUGUAUAUGCAACGACCUGCAACGAUUGCGGUCAAAAGACGCGCGUCCUGCUGCUCCUGGCGCAGAGGAGCAGGUGCAGCAACCACACAGCCAAAUACAUAUACGAUAUACAAAACAAAAACCAAAGGAAAAAAAGCAGCAGCAACAACAGCAGAAAAGGAAAACCAAAAAAUGUAUAGGCAACAAUCGAAUGUGAAUGCAAGUCAAGAGAUAUAUUCAAACUCGUAGAUGCGCGAGCUAAAGUCGCUCUAGCUGGACAAGGACGAGGGUUGAAGUAGCGCCCCUUGUGGAAACCAAUUUUUGAUUGAUCUCCUGCAGUUGGAGCUACCCAAAGUAGAAACUGUGUAAAGGCACUCGCACUCGUCCUCAUUAUUGUUACCAAGUGAGUGCAAUGAGCGCAUGCGCAUGCAGUUUCUUGAAGGAAGAAGGAAGUUGCCUCACAUCGCCUCGCCUCAGCGUAGGUAGAUCAGCAAUAACAACAACAGCAACAACAGCAAGAUCCUGCGUAUCCUGCGUCAGUUGUGCUGAAGCCGCAGCAAAAAGAACGCCAUAUGUUGCACUUCAGCUAAAGGUAAGCAGGCAGCCCAAAAGAGUCAAGAGCUCAGCUAAAUCAUUCAUUGCUGCUGCUGCUGCUGCUUCUGCUGUUGCUGGGGAGCAGCAUCAUCAGCCUCAACAUUAUCAUCAUACUUUCGUGGACUAUCCCCAAACUCGCAGCGGAACUAAAUGCCAAUCUUGACCAUGCCGGAACUGUAAUUUGAUCGACAGCACCAACAGAUAGAUAUUAGAUAGCAUCUCUGAAGUUUUUUUUCUUCCUGCCAAAUUAUAAACUAAGCCCGGCUAGAAUGAGAUUCUGCUUCCCUUUGGGUUAUUCACCCUCAACUCAACUCAACUCAGCUCGGCUUGGCUCAACAGUUGCAUUUGUUUCCUCUGCUGUGUCCUUUUUUCAGUCUUUUUUUUCGUUUUUGAGUUGCCUCUACUCCCUUUUUUGUUGCUCAUUUUUGUUGCUUCUCUGUCGCUGCUGUUCGAGUAUCCGAGCUGUGCAUUGUGUACCUGAGAUCGGGGCGCGUGCCUGCUGUCGUCGUUCAGCUCUCAGCUUAGGGCCCUGACUCUGACUCUGGCUCUGGUUCUGACUGCGGCUCUGUCUCAGUCUCGGCCUCUGCCUCGAUUUUGACCAACACAUGACGCGGCAUGUUGCCGCUACUGCUGAUGUCUCGUCCUCCCUGAACCUCUCUGCGCUCUCGUACUUCCAGUUUUUUCUCUGCUAUGUGUGUAGAAUAAACGCUUCGUGCAGCAACUGUAAUUCAGGUUUGCUUAUGCAAAUAUUUUGAUAGCACCGAGGACAGCAUCGAAGUAUCAAUGAAACGUUGUUAUAAUUGACUAAAUAACCAAAAAGCCAAAUGAUGAGAUGUGGUCUUGACUAGUAAAACUCAAAACAGGGAUUAGGGUAAUAUAUUGAUGAGUUUCACAAAACUUUUGCAAUGGUAAUGAGAUCAUGUCAACGAAGCCAUAUUUUCAACGAGUAUCUUUAUUAAAUUUAAAUGUCAAAGCAGUAAAAAGGGAAGAGAAUUUAAAAGUAACUUGGAGAGAAUCGAAGUUAU